AUGUGCCAAAAGGUCGAACCUGACCUGAAGACCAAAGCUGAGAAGAGACCAAAUGGCAAGUCCAAAUCUGGGAAGGGACCAGGAAAGACUCCUGCUUCCAAACCUAAAGUGAAAACCACCCCCGAGACCCCUAAAGAAGCUCAGACAUACCUCACUCAGGUGGUAAACAAGGGAAGGUUCCAGAAAGCAGGGGACACGCUGACUGUCCAUGCAGGCGAUACGUUAGAGCUGAGAUGUAAAGGAAAUCCUGUAGAGUGGGCUGUUCCUGCAUAUCUGGAAGAGGAUGAUGAAGGACGACUCAGGACAGUUCAGCAUGAACGUUAUCGUACACUGUUUUUGGCAAAUUCAACAGCGGCAGAUACAGGGGAGUUCACCUGCUAUCCUAUGUACUGUGAGGAUAAAGACUGCAGAAAACAGUAUGACAAAGGCGUCAAAGUCUUCAUCUUUUUCUCGGACCCUCAGGAGUUGUUUGUACCUUCCGCUGACUAUUACGAGGUCAUUCAGCUUCGCACUAGCUGGCCCACCGUCCUGCCCUGUCAGGUGACUUCUCCGCUAGCAAAGGUGACUUUACACCAGGAAUUUCCUCCAGUGGAGGUGAAGGUGGAUGGACGAGAAAUUUCCUUUGAUGUCAAGAAGGGUUUCACCAUCCACAGACCGAAGCAGUAUCAUGCUGGAUCUCUGUACUGUGUAGCAAGCCUGGGAAACCUUCGCCAGAGCUCAACCAAAUACAUGCUCAUCUAUGUCAACUAUCCUGCCGCUCCUCCGUCUCCUGCGAUCCAGGCCUCCUCCGACACUGUGGCAGUGGGACAGAAUCUCCAGGUGACAUGCACUGUGAUAGGAAAGCAGGACGUGGUGGUGGAUUUUACCUGGGAAUAUCCUGGACAAAAGAUCGGGCGCCCGCUGUACACCCAGGACAGUGUGCAGACAGUGCAGGUGGAUGGACAGAACCGACAGCGAACUCAGACAAUACUGCUGGUGGACGAGGUCAGAGAGGUUGACCAAGGAACAUACACCUGCACAGCUCAAAACCUAGAGGGUUCGAGGUCUGCAUCAACCAGUGUCAAAGUGCAGCAGUCAGCACGAACCAACACCAAGCCUAAGAAACCAUGA